AUGAAUUUCCACAUCUUCAUACUUUUAACCAUCGGUAUUAACUGCAGGCGAUGUUACAAAGUCAUAGCAGCGACAGAAAACGAAAAAAUAAUUCACAGAUCAUUAGGAUUAACCACUGGGGACAACAAAGACGUUCAAGCGUUAGAGAAAGAAAUAUCUUUGACAGAUUUGUAUUCAAAACAGAAUUCGAUUAGGUUAGAAGAAUUAGAUAGAAACGUUAACAGGGGAGUGGAUCCGUCAAAUAGAAGAUCGAAGAUUUUGAGAAGCUUAGCUUUCCUAGCUGGUUUAAGUGUUGGUGAUUUAGCUGGUGCAGCAUCGUCCGACGUAAAAAGUUAUGCUAAAUUCUCACCAUUGAGCGUGAACGUUGGUGCUUCUCGAGUUUCACCUCAUGUUGCUGCGAUUUACGACCCGUACCCUUACGUGCCGUAUCCUUAUGUAUUUACCACUCCUUUAGGAUUUUAUCCGUUAUGGGAUCCACUACGUUUACAAUCGAUUAGCGGAAUACAAAAUAAUAUUCAACCGUUGGUGCAGAAUUCACCGCUAUUAAACUUGUUGGGGAACAGACCGACUGAUGUGUUAGAUACCAACGACGAGUAUGUGGAAGCGGCACAGAAAAUUGAAAAUGUCAAAUCGUCGAGCAACACCAACAAAGACACUGACAAGAGUGCAGAAUUCCAAAUGGAAGACAAUCGGAACGCGGAAGAGAAGAUUAAAUCAUCUCCUGGCAACACAUGCAAUAUGGAGAAAGGACUCAAAGCUAAACAGGGUAGCUCAGAGAAAAGUGUAUUCAAGGAACAUGAAAGUGCUGAUGCCUCGUUAACGACACUAGGUUUACGGGCUAUAAAUACAACAGAACAAAUAGCCUCUACCAACACGACCCGUGGAAAUACAACUCAGAUUCCUGAUACGUCGGUGACAAUGAGCUCCGCGCAAAAUUCGACAAUGCACAAUAACCGAACAACUCCACAAUUUUACGGCUACUACGGUGGAUAUCCACAGAACAUAAACCACAUAGAGCUAACCACGGAAACGUACGAACAGAAAUAUCAUGGUUACGAACAUAUUAAUUACAACCUACCCACGUACGAGAAACCGGUGAAUUUUUAUUCAGACGAAAGAUACAACUAUUACCCUGCCCCACCUGUUGAUUCUUACCCAAGUCAAUUUCAUCAGGAACACAUCCCGGAAUACCAUUCCAACCACUUCAAGAGAUUUUUGUAUACCUCAGCCAAUACACCGCCAUUUGUCAACAGCGAUUUCAGACCUGUGGUGUAA